AUGCGUAGUAAUAAAUCAAAGAAUAAACAACAACAUCCAUCUAAUACGGCUUCACAUUCAUCAGUAAAAGUUGAUGGUACAAGUGCUGUUCGUUCGGCUUCACAUAUAAGUGGUUUGUAUUUGUUAAUUAACUACACUGAAUCAACUUAUUCGAUAAUAAUUAUAGGUAAAAAAACAAAUGUAAAAAGUGGAUCAAAGACUGAAUUAGGAACAAUAGUUUCAUCAGUUCGUUCAGCAUCCAAGUCCUCACCGAUGAGUGUCAAGACUGGUAGUAAAACCAAAUCAAGUACAAAAUCAGCAAAAGCAACAGGAAAACAUCAAACACAACAAUCAAAACAUACACGUAUACCAAUAAAAGAUCGUACUGAAACAUGUGCUGUACAAUUUGUACCAAAGUUUAAUUCAAGUUCAACAAAAAAUCAAGUACCAAUCUAUCAUCUUAUUCGUCAUGCAUUUGGUAAUAUGGUACGUGAAGCUAUAUGUCAAUUAGAUAAAGAAAAAUCAGGUGUUAGUUCUCAACAAAUUAUUGAUCAUAUACUUAAACAUUAUUCAUUUCCACAAAAUAUAUCUCAAAGUGCUAUACGUAAUCGUACAAUAUUUACAAUUAAUGCUGGUUUACGUGCUGGUACACUUCUUACAGUUAGUCCAAAUAAAGGUGUUCGAAUUGGUCGUAUGCGUCGUAUCUAUCCACGUAUGCUUGGCUAA